AUGUUUUCACCGAGAGCUGUUGUAACUAUCUUGCUCCUGGUCAGCACCAACCUUACUGGUUUUGCGAGCGCCUACCCUACCGAUGAUAUAUCUAGCCGUGAGGUCGGUUAUGUCGAGCCCAUCACUAUCCCACUUGACAUCGAGGCACAGCUCCAAACCCGAAAGCCGGAGACGGAGGGUUUCGGAUUGCCUGAGGACCAAAUGCUCCAGACGAGGGCCCUGAGCAUCAGAAUCGCCCCGGGAAAGCCUUCUGCUUCUGCGAAUUGCCCAGCGACGUACAAUGGUCCAGGCAGGAACUACCAAGCGCGUGUGUACACAGUGAAUCAGAUCACGGCAGCCAUGACGGCUGGCGCACAAUUGCUUGCAAACAAUAAGCAAACUGGCGCACAAAAAUACCCGCAUGACUUCAUGAACCUGGAGAGGCUCAGAUUUGCCUGUGGAAAAUCGAAGCAGGAGUUUCCCAUUCAGCCGGACAAUCGUGUCUACAAUGGCGGAUCUGUCAAUGACGUCCCAGAUCGUGUUAUUUUCGAGUACAAGAAGACUAAAACGGACCUGCUAAUCACUUAUUGUGGAGUCAUACGCCACGGCCCCCGCACAGAUUUCCUCAACUGCUAG